AUGUCGUACCCUCAGGGCUUCCUGUUCCAGGCUCUGCACUCGUGCCCUGCGCCCUUCAGCUCCGGGGUCAUCCUAGGACCGAGGACCGAGGAGCUGGGCCGGUCCUCCUCAGGCUCAGCCUUCGCUCCGUACUCCGGAUCCGCGUCGUCUCCCGGAUUCAACUCGCACCUGCCGUACGGCGGAGAGCCGCGCGCCGCCGCCACCAUCAACUCCUUCGUGAGUCCCGCCUUCGACCCGUCCUCGGGACUCUCCGGCUCCCUGGACUACCACCCAUUUGGCGCCCUCGGGCCCUACCCGUACGGAGACCCCUCCUACAGGAAGAACGCCACGCGGGACGCCACGGCCACGCUGAAGGCCUGGCUCAACGAGCACCGGAAGAACCCGUACCCCACCAAGGGCGAGAAGAUCAUGCUUGCCAUCAUCACCAAGAUGACUCUGACGCAGGUGUCCACCUGGUUCGCCAACGCUCGCCGCCGCCUGAAGAAGGAGAACAAGAUGACCUGGACGCCACGGAACCGCAGUGAGGACGAGGAGGACGAGGACAACAUCGACCUGGAGAGGAACGACGACGACGAGCCGCUCAAGUCGAGUAACGACGAGACGGAGAUGAAGGGCGACGGCGCUUCCUGUCUACCUGCCCCUGUGGGGACGUCGUGUGUGUUGGUGUACAGGGAGGACAGUGGCAGCAGCAGCGACACCGAUCCGGACCUUAAGGACUCGGGGGACCGGAGGCUGAUGCCCCACAUCACAGGCCCCGCCCCCCAAAAUGCAGCCCCGGGAUCGGUCAGAGCACCGGAGCCGGAGCGAGCGUUGAGCCCUCUGUCUAAAGAGCAUGUGAACUCCUGCAACGUCAUCCAGGGGCCCGAGCCGGCCCCCAAACCCAAACUGUGGUCGCUGGCUGAGAUCGCCACGUCUUCGGAUAAAAGUAAAGGAUGUAGUGACUCGCCACAAAGCGGGGCGGCCCCGGUCCACCCCAUGUCCCGGACAUUCCCACACAGCCCCGCCCUGCCCCGACACCUCUACUACGCCUCCCCCUUCAUGCCCGGAUACUCCAGCUACGGCCCUCUGGGGCCCCUGCACGGCGGCCCCGCUUCACACUUGGCAUCGGCGCCACAUUUAAACGGAUUACAGCAGACGAUGCUGCAGAGAGCCGAGGCCGCGGCCAGAGACUGCAAACUGCACGAACUGAAGCGGGGCAUGACGAACGUGUAGACCUGGACCUCUUUAUUUACUAGGACCUAGGACCAGAACCUGGGACCAGGACCUGGGAUUGUCCUCUACACAUCCUGGAUAACAGAGAAAACUUUAUCAGGUCCUGCUGAGGCCUCUGAUUUUUAUUUAGAAACACAAAUAUUCAAUUUUAGACGUUUUUCUAUCUUGAUCAGCUGUAACCUUUGUAGUGCAUUUCUGCACAGAACAUCACAAAUCAUUAAAGGAUAGUUUUAUUAAUAUGAAACAA